AAGGUUCCGCUCACGGGCCCUGCCACAUUCGACCAUCAAUUAAGCUCAGUUUUGCAACGACGGCUACGCCCCAAGCCGCGACUCAUGAAGAAACAUCGGUUUUAUAGUUCAAAGGUGCACCUUGCUUUUCAGUGUGCUGAAACAUUACAUCACUGCUGCGUGUAUGUGCGACUUCUGGUAGAAAACUCUCGACGAGUACUCUAUGUAAUGCCACCGAGCUGCACUCCGGUUGCAUUCCAUAGGUAGGCUCGGAUGACGCACUAGGUGCAUAUCUAUACAUGACAACUCCGACCAUGGCAACGGAAAUUCAAACCCCGCAUAUGUUUUUAGAAGAGAAAAUUGUCAUUGAACCUGACCUUGGAGACCAACGACGCUCGAACUACAAGGCGCUGCCUGCACCACCAAAGACGCCAAGGCGGGUCAUGAUGAAGUACAGGUUCUCGGGAGUAUUCCCGCUCGUUCUGUCGCUUGUAGCCUUUGUGCUUACGUUGGUGGUGGUGUUGGCUGGGCGGGACGUGGGCGUUUUGGAGGGGCAGUACCUCGUCGUUAUCAAUGCCUCUCAUGUUGGUCAGAAUAUAAUCACUUUCGAAAGGGCGACUACGACACAGGCAGCUCCAGCAGCUACGUCGUCCACUACGCCAAGCCCGCUAGAUGCACUCAACCCGUUCUCCACGAACAGUCCACUCAACCCAGCGAAUCCAGCCAACCCUCUCAAUGGGCUGGGCGAUAUGCUAGGUGACCUCUCUGGUAACCUCACCGAUGCCGUGAAUGACGGCCUCGGUGAUGUGGUCAAUGGCGUAGUGGAGGGAGUUGUCAGCCAGAUGGGCGUCAAGGACUUCUACUAUGUCUACCUUCAGCAAAUCUGCUCUGGCGAGCUCGCUGUUCCAGACGAAAGCAAUGCAGACGGAGCCAAAGUGGGUGAAUGCAGCAGCUGGGAAGACGCCAAACAGAGCAUGUCCAAUCUAGGCAGGAGCGUUAGCUCGUCGCUCGUCGUUGGGCAGACGCAAGUAUCGGUGCCGCUGAUUGCCAAAAUGCUCUCUUCCUUCGAUGACACCCUCGACAAAUUAGAUGCAGCUCGCAAAGCUGCGUUCGCGUUCCUCGUCAUCAGCAUGGUUGGAUCGAUGCUGUCGGUUUUAACCGCCCUUCCAGCCAUGUAUUUCCCGCAGUCGCGGCUACUUAUCUACUUCAGCAUGUUCUGGUCCGGACUAGCUGUCACAUUUGCAUUCUCGGCGGCCCUGUUGUUGUCCGUGGUGAGUGCGCUGGUCGACCUAGUCAAUGACUUCAGCGGUGCGAUAGGAAUGCCAAUGAGAAAAGGAAGCAUGGUGCUGCUGCUACUGUGGUUGAGUGCCGUAUUUCUGGGCUUGGUGACGCUCUAUUGGAGCAGCGUGUGGUUUGUGGAGACGAGAAAGUCGAGCUUCGUCAAGCGCCAGCGUGACGAAGAUGAGAUGGGACACUGGAGAGGCAUUGGCAGGGAGGUGUGGCGCGAUGUCAAAGGGCGGCGGAAGAGGCUUAUCAUACGAUCUGAUAUAUGAGGCGAGCCAUGCAAUUGAUGACUAUUGCGUUCAACG